AACAAUGAUUGUUCAAAGCUGUUAAGUGGUAAAAAUCAAAACAUAGUCGAAUCAGUCACGUUGCCUAUUCCACUUUGAGCACACGAACCGAUGAAUUUCUGCGUAGUAUCCGUCCAAAUAAUUCUGGUUGCUAUUUUCGUAGUGCAAAGUCAUUAUGGAUUCGAGGUGGAAGCAGACACACAAUCCUCACAGGCUGUUGGAAGCUGGUUCAAUAGCAUAGAAAGAAAAGUUAAUGUUCAGGACAUGAUGACUGGGGUUUAUGGAAAAAUAAAAAAGACAGCAAACGACUUUGUAGAAUUCCCUUCAAGACUAAUUGACUAUGCCACUGGAACUAACCCAAAUACUAAUGAUAUCGAUGAAGACAACGAUUUAUCUACAAUGGUAAAUAGUCAAGAGCAGGCAGACCUUUAUGUCAUCACCUCGUUUGAAACCCGCGCCAGUGAAGUCUCUAGUGAUGAAGCUAAAAAUGAACCUGAACCUGACACAGAAGUAGUAAAAGAAGUAAAACACAAACCUAAAAGAAAGAAAAAGAUAAAGAAACGCAAGAAAAAUCGUAGAAAAAAGAAGCAUCAUCCCCUACCACCACCUGCGAUCCAGGAGAUCAGAGCAGUGACGAGUGCAGAAGUACAAAGAGCAGAGUUUGGGAGUAAUAAAUUAAUUGGCGAUGGCGACUAUCAAAAUAUCAAACCUCGUCGCAAUUUACACAAUCUACACAAUGUACACAAUUUACAUAAAAAGAAAUUUGUAAAGGCUGCAGUGAAAGAUGUAAAUACUAAUUCUGAAUCAGACGAAACGAAAACAAAGCCAGUGGAUAUAAUUGUACAUAUUAAAAUGAAUGAUUAGCUUUA